UUAAAUUCAUUUUAUGAAUUUUGCGAUUGAUUUCCCUCUUCCGUCCACACAGUACUUCAAAUACUCCUUUAUUUAUGCUUCAAACUAUAUUUAAGCUGCCUUUAUUUUGUUUUUAAUACAAAAUGUAUUUCUCGUGCUUUUUAUUGUAUUCCGACUCCAACUUUUUCAUAUUAUAUUAUUCAAAGGUAGCCAUAUUUCUUAGUGCUUCUUGAAUUAUACAACUGUGAUGAACUGCAACGAGAUGAAUUUUCAAAGUAUAAGCAGCCUCUAGGAUAAAUUUUACAUAUCCGUUGUAGCAGGCUGAAUUCAUAAUUUAUUACCAUAAAGAUAUAAUUCUCGUCAAGAUAUCUGGUGGUGUAGGGGAUAAGGCUCUCGUCUAGCAACACGAAGGUAGCCGGUUCGAGUCGUGCCGCCGACACGACUUUUUUAUUUAAUAAAUAAUUAUUUUGACCUUGAAGCCCUGAGCCGCACUCGGCCCGCUAUAGAUGGCAGCAAAAAUUUUGUUCGCUUUUUUAUUACAUUGACUGAUCGUUCUGUAGUUAUUCUGUGAUAAAAAAUAACAAAACAGCUUUCAAAACAGUUUCAAAAAAGUUUUCUAUGGAUAGAUCGUAUUUUCAGGUAUUUUCAAAGGUCUCAGUGGUCUCAGUCAUGUCUCAGUCUCAAUAUAUACAAUUAGUUAUAGUUAAUCUAUAGUGGUAAACAUUUAACAUAAAAACAGAUAAAAAAAGGCGAUGAAAAUUGUAGAUUAGUGUUAUUUAGUGAUUAGGCAGCCUACCAUUUAGAAUUAUACGAUGGGAAUCAAAAAUUUAUGGACUGUCUUAGCUCCAUAUUGUGAUAGGAAGCCCCUUUACGAAUUACAAGGGAAGACAGUAGCCGUAGAUCUAUCCUGUUGGAUAUGUGAAGCACAAAAUAUUACAGAAUACCAAGUACAACCAAGGAUGUAUCUAAGAAAUCUAUAUUUUCGAGCUUGCUAUCUCCUGUUAAUUGAUGUAAAUCCGGUGUUUGUACUGGAAGGGAAGGCCCCAGAACUAAAAUACGGCACCAUAUCUGCUAGAAAUAAUAUUCAAUUUAAAGGGGCUAAGCCUAAAACCAAUGGUGUAAAAACUGGGAAAGGAAGAACAAGGUUCAAUUUCGUUUUACAACAAUGUGAAGAGAUGUUGCGAUGUAUGGGUGUAAAAUGUGUAAAAGGAAAGGGAGAAGCAGAGAGUUUAUGUGCUGUUUUGAACGAAGAUGGUCUGGUUGACGGUUGUAUAAGUCAAGAUUCAGAUUGUUUUGCCUACGGUGCUCAAGUAGUGUACAGAAAUUUUUCUAUAUCUUCACAAGGAUCAUAUUCGGCCAGUGGAGGAUCAGUAGAUAUUUAUGAUUUACAAAAAGUCUGCCAGAAUAUAAAUUUCGGAAGAAAUAAAAUCAUAGUGAUGGCCCUGUUGUUGGGAUGUGAUUAUGCAGAUGGAGUUCACGGUGUUGGGAAGGAUUCUGUAAUGAAAUUAUUUGAAAAUAUACCCGAUAAAGAUAUUUUGAACAGAAUAAAAUCAUGGCGAGACAACCGGGAUUUAUAUAACCAAUAUGAAAGCCAAGUAAACGAUAAAAGCCUGUGUACUACCUGCGGGCAUACUGGAAAGAAAUAUUAUCACACAAAAAACGGUUGUUCCUUAUGCCGUACCACAAAGGGUUGUAAUUCACUUGAUUCUAAUAGUGAGCGUUUGAUGCUCAAAUAUGAAUUGAACGUUAGAAGUAAAGCCUUGGAGGAUCCGAAUUUUCCAAAUGAAGAAUUAAUUAAUGAAUUUUUAACAAGAAAGGAUGAUGUAACUGAGUUAAAUACAAAGUGGAAUCGCCCAGAUGUAGCAAAAUUUGUGAAAUUUGCUAGUAAAUUUUUACAAUGGGAGGAACACUAUGCCUUUGAUAAAAUAUUCCCCAUGCUAACUAGAUGGCAGUGUAAAAAUCCGGAAUAUGUCAAAAGUCUGUCAGAUUUCAAAGGAAUUGUUACACCUGACAAGAUAAAGAAAAUAAGAAAUCCAAGAGGUAUACCAAGUUAUGAAAUCAUUUGGGUUGAUACGACAGAUAGCUUUAAAAAUCUUAUACCCGAAGAACAAAAAACAGAAUGUGAUCUAGAAAAAUUAUUUGUUACUAUAGAACCGCAAGUUUUAGUAAACGUCGCAUAUCCUGAUUUAGUUGAGGCCUUUAACCUCUCGAAAAUUAAACCACCGAAAAAGCCAAGCAAAAGAAAAAAACGCCAAAUUGACGAAUUAGCUGAAAAUCUCGCAAAUACCAGCAUUACAGAAGUUACAACAACAAAAGUAAAACCAAAGCCUCGAAAAACGCAGAAAACUUUAAAAAAUUUGUUGAACAAAAAAGAAAUUAUUAAAAAAUCAGUUGCGAAGGAUGAUGUGGCUUUGAGUUCUUCAACACCCUGUAAAAUUAUUAAUAAAAAUACGUCAUUUAAUUUCGAUGUAUCACGAUUUGGAGAUGAAAGUGAUCUUGAUGUAUCGGGUAUAAUAGAAGAAAUAGUAUCUAAAAAAACUGUGGCGAAUGAGCUGCGAAAUAUUGCUGAUGAAUAUAUAAGGAGUUGUAAUAAACAAGAAGACAAUUCUGAUGAAAAACUUGAUAAUUUCAAUGAAUUUGAUGUUGAAUGUGAUACAAAGGACAACCAGAUUCAUUGUUCGAGUUUUUUUAUAACUGAGCAAGAAAAUGAAGAUUUAUUUGAGAAAACUUUUAAUGAAAAAUAUUGUAUAUCUUUGUCGGAUUCUAGUAGUGAAACUGAGGAAUAUGAAUUGAAUGAAUGCAUAUAGAUUAAAAAAAAUCACAGUGAUAUUAUACUAAGGAUGUUAGGGUCAAAAAAUGCACUGAGAGAAAACAUUAUUUGUGCAUUUAAUUUAUACACAGUGAUAAAUAAUUUUCUUUAU